CGGCGUCGCCGCCUCCACCCGUUCGCCCCGGUAAACGCCCGCUUUUAUCCUCCCUACACCCCGCAGCGCGCCCGCUGCCCCGUCGCACCCCUCCUAUCUCCUGUCGCCCCGCUGCUCGCGAGCAGAGCAGGGAUGGUGGGGGACUUGUCCCUCCUCGCCGUCACCGCCGCCUCCCCCGUCGUCCUCCCGCCGUCCAAGGACCUCCAUGGCGUGCUGCCGUUCCAGGGGAAGAGGCCGCAGGACGCCGCCGCGCAGCUCUGCGCGCCGCUGCAGCAUCCGCAGCACCACCUCGAGGGGCUGCCCGUGCAGAUGAUGGUGCCUGGCGGUCAUCAGGGCCAGGCCCUGCCUGCCGCCUACCAGGCCUUCGCCAUGCCCGACGCGGCCACGCUCAUCGACGUGCAAGAUUCUCACCCAGAUUCAGUUCGACUAAGCCUUGGGAUUGCAGAGCAAUGUGCAAGGCAAGAGAAAAUCCUCAAGUUUCUGAUGUCAGGGGCUGACGUGAAAGAACUUGAUGAAUCCUUGCUAGCUGAAUUCACCGGACAACAGAUUCUAGCAAUCAACUUGGGAAGUCAACCAUAUAUACCGGAUGAUAAGUUAACUAUCUGUGAGUUUGGGUUGGAUUUGGAUGAGCCCCAACAGUAUCUUCCAGAGAAACAACUUCUCAUCCCUGAUCCUCUUAUGGACUUUGUUCAGUCCCAUGGCUCUGCUCUUACCAUCGAUCAAAAUGGCCGGAUCCUAUUCGCUGGCCAUGGAGAUGAGAUGAGAGAUUUAUUAUCACUUCUUCUAGAGUUCAACAUGUCUAAACGUGAAACAAGUGGCUGCAAGACUGCAUUUCUAGUUCCAUACUUUGGGAGGAAAAGGCGUUCUCGGGCUAACAGCCAAGUAUCCAAUCCAAAUUUAGCAAGCACGGCGGCCGAUGUUUCAAAAAGCGCUGAGGUGAAGUCAAAAUCUUCAUCAAAGAAGAAACAGAGGGGGAAAAACAUCAAAGAACGUGAACUGUAUCAGAGAAACUAUAUACAUGCUAGCGAAGCAUUUCUAUCCAUCUUACUGGACAAGGACAAAAGCAGCUCAACAAUUCUCUCACUGAAAAAAGCUGGUCCUGAGAUCACCGAACUUUUGACACAGUGUUCUAUUGGCAUUGCUGGAACUGGCUUGGCUAUUCUUCUGUCAGUUAUGUGCAAGAUGGCUACCGGCAUGAGGACUCCUUUUGCUUCUGCUCGACUGUUAAGCACCAGUGUUGGAUUUGGGCUCUUUUGGCUCUCCUGGGCAGUCAAUGGUUUACGUGACACCAUUGCCAGCAUUUUCAGAAGCCCAAGUAACAUGAAUAUCGAGGAGGAUGAGGUCGCAGUGAGAAUACAAAAAAGCAUGAACGAGAUUCUCUUCAGAGCCAUAACUCUCUUGGCUAUAACUGCAUUGAAGUUUGCAUGAGCAGUUACCUUUGUUAGUUUUCCCCCACCCAACCAUGAUACACAAUCACCUUUUUGGCUCAGAGUACUGCUUCUGUAGGACUAAAUUCAUCCUCCUUUUCAGUUCAGGAGUAGUGCUUCUGUAGGGUUAAGUUCCAACUGUCCAAGUCAUGAUUCUAGUUUCUCAUUGAUCCUGUAGAAAGUAAGCCAAGUUGUAAAUUGUACAGAAUUUUGCGGGGAGCUUGGUGUAUAUGAAAGAUGAAUUUUUCUUAUCUCUGUGAGCAAUGAAUAAUUAAUGCCAGAACAUAUUCAUAUUC